AUUGUUACCUCUCGAACUUCACAGAUGGUGAAGGUUUAAUAUUUAAAAUCACGUGCGCUUAGAAAAGCACCAAAACUAACUAAUCACAACCAACAGUACUGUCUGAGUACGCGGAGACGACUGUGAUAGCUGAUCACUUAGAGUCCUUCGUAGAAACAUGCCUCGCUCCUUCAUGAUCAAAAAGACGCGGGGGCGACGAUCAUCCCCCCAUACCCCCCUCAACGAACCCCCUUCCCCCACGGAUUGCUGGGUGGAACCGGAGUACCCAAAGGUCCUCAGGACCCCGUGUUCAGAUGAAGCUCAUCGCCCAAUCUUUCCUCCCCCAAAAUCUCGAAUCCGAACCCCUUUCGAUGUGGCAUCCUUGAUCGCAGAUGUUACCCCGUCGUUCACAGACGAAUCCUCGAAAUGGCGGAACGACAGAAAAUCCUUAUCUUAUAAUGAAAGCGAAACAGGCCCUUUGGACAAGCCAGACAACUGUGUCCGAAUCAAGGAAACAAAAUACCUGCGAGAGUUUCUUGGCGACUUCCUGUCAUGGCUGACACUGGACCACGAGAUGCAGAUUCUGCCGAAAACAGGUCUUCUUCCGGAUCCUCUGCAUACACCCUCAUUUCACGACAUCGGCCGUCAAGAUGACAUUCAUCCUUGUAACUGUGCGCGAUGCCGCGGCCACGACGACUCGUCUCCCUCUGACCACAGUUCCGUUCACUCCGGCGACAUGGGGUCCAAGAUCCUCUCUGGGGGUCUCUCCGAACCAAAAGAAAGAACAUUUUCGUGUAAAGAGUGCGGCAAGUCGUUCAAGAGAUCGUCUACUCUGUCCACGCACAUGUUGAUUCACAGUGACACUCGACCAUACCCGUGCCCUUACUGUGGUAAACGAUUCCAUCAAAAGUCGGACAUGAAAAAACACACGUAUAUUCAUACUGGCGAGAAACCUCACAAGUGUACCAUAUGUGGAAAAGCAUUCAGCCAGUCGUCCAACCUGAUAACACACAGUCGGAAACACACUGGAUACAAGCCGUUCUCUUGCUCACAGUGUGGACGGGCAUUCCAGAGAAAAGUGGAUUUGAGGCGCCAUCUUGAAAUCAGCAGCCACCACUAAGGGAGAUCACUAUCAGUUAAAGACUUGAAUUGCCCCCCUUUAAUUCCCAACGACUUUGCUGCAAGAGGCUUGUAGUGGGCUGUUCAGAUUACAGGCCCAAUGACGUCACAACAGACUCCGUGAUGAUGAUGUCCUGGACGUUAUUACGACGGCUGCGACUACGGAAAAUAUGACAAACAAAUGACAUAAGUCCUAACUGCAUAUUUUGUGCACACCACAAAAAGACGUCAUGUACUGGUCAACCAAGGACACAAAUAUAAGACGUUUUUCAGAUUGGAUUGAAUCUGGGGAAUAGCGUAUUUCGUUCAGAAAGGGCAGGUAUUAAGAGGCCCGGUGAAGGGGUACGGGUUUGAAGUCAGGAACAAAUUUGAACUGUUCAGAUACAGCUUCGCAUCAUAAAACGCAAGAAAUAAACACUGGGGCUAUAAGUAAAGUGUAAAGUUAAAAAGUGCGCGCCGGGCUAUGAUUACAAGACAUACGGUUUAUAUAGAAAACCCCGUUAAUCCAGAUCCAUGCCUGCAGAGAUUCUUCCAGGGAACUACAUAUACUGAAAGGGACAAUAUUCCCUUACAGGAUUCCUUAAUCCGUGGAUCUGUUCAUCUGUACGGUUUCCAUGGUUACCGUUCGGAUUAAAGGGGUUUCACUUUUGUUUUCGAAUCAACUUUGCUUACGCUUGUUAUUUGCCAGGUGCAUCUGCAAUAUCUUCAGACAUAUUGUAAAACACCCAGUGUUAAAAAUCACCCACUUUUAAAUUUUAAUUCAUAUUCUAUUUUUUUUCUUUUAACUUCCAGAUAUUUUAGAAUAGAAAUGGAAUGCUUCUGUCUGUCACCAAGACAUAUUUCCUCCUAACUCAAAUCCACUUUUUCUUUUAAAACUCUCACAAAACAUUAUUCUGUCAAACAAAUAUAUCAAGAUUACAGACUGUUUCUUUUAAUCGAUUUCACAACGUCUGGAUUCUCGUAUUGUGGAUAAAUGUCUUGUGAUUUAUUUAUGCCACGUCCGUCACGUUUCUGAUAGACCUUUGCCUCUAAAAUUCUUAUAUUCACAUUGGAGUGUUAGCGAUAUGUAUUCAUUAUGAAAGCAAAUAUUCUUUACAGAACGAUAGCAAACGUCAAGCUAGUAAUGGUCGGCAAGAGAUUUCUAAAAUGUUUAGCAAUGAAUAUUUCUAUUGAUCGCUAGGGGUCGUUUGCCUAUUUGUCAGUGUCGGUUAGGAAUUCUAAACGGUUUUUGAAUCUCAAAUAUUGAAAAGAGCGAUCAGAUUUUCAAAGAUUCCAGGCUAAUUAGCAAUUCACAUUUGUCAAAAACGAUAUAGUCGCUGUAUCACGUUAGCCUAUAUGAUAUUAUGAAGUUUUUUUCUCUUGAAAUCGACAAAUGUUAAUGGGAAUAUUUAACCGAUAAAUUGGAAAGAGUAUACGCGUAUGGUAUCACAUUGACGUUCAAAUUGUGAAUCGUUUACUAUUCAUACUGAGUAUUGCUUUAUAAAGCCCAGUACUGUCACAUAUGUGACCUGUAUCAUAAUUUCGUUUUACUGAAUAUUUUUCAUGCAAUAAUUUAUUUUCCUUUUUUUUUGCACAGAAUGGAAUUUAAAUUUAAAAACAGUUUAGUCGGUUAAAUAUUAAUAUCAGAAACAUAAGAAAUACACGUGUCCAUGCAGGCUUUACCUUGCCGAGACUACAUGACGUUAAGGAGUGAGAUGUAGUCAUGAUGUUAAUGAGUGAGAUCUAGUCAUGACGUAAGGAGUGAGAUCUAGUCAUGACGUCAGGAGUGAGAUCUAGUCAUGACGUUAAUGAGUGAGAUCUAGUCAUGACGUUAUGGAGUGGGAUCUAGUCAUGACAUUAGGGCAUGAGAUCUAGUCAUGACGUUAAGGAAUAAUAUCUAGUCAUGACGUUAAGGAGUGAGAUCUAGUCAUCACGUUACGGGGUGAGAUCUAGUCAUGGCGUUAAGGAAUGAGAUCUAGUCAUGACGUUAUGGAUUGAGAUCUAGUCAUGACGUUAAGGAGUGAGAUCUAGUCGUGACGUUAAAGAAUGAGACCUAGUCAUGACGUUAAGGAAUGAGAUUUAGUCAUGACGUUAUGGAGUGAGAUCUAGUCAUGAAAUUUGCAGUGAGAGUGAGAUCUAGUCAUGACGUUAUGGAGUGAGAUCUAGUCAUGACGCCAAGGAGUGAGAUCUAGUCAUUUACCCAACGUUUGACCCCCAGAAACUUGUGCGUAUAAACGAGGUUCAUUAUUAGUCGUUAUUGCCCCGAUGUUAGCAGUGCACCUGCCUUUAUAGCUGUUGUUUUUGUUAUUACAAUCUAUGUUUUAUGCCAUCUGUGGUAUUUUGAUGAUCUCUAAUUGUAUAUACAUCUGUACAUAUUUUUUAAGUUAUUUGAAUAAAAAAUAAAUGAAAAA